AUGAGCGAUAUUAUCACUUACAUGACGAGCGGCGGGGCGGCACGCGUCGUGUUCGGAGCACGAGUGCGGUGCACGGAGCAGCGCGAGUCACACAAGCACAAGCGGAGUCGGCGGGCGACUGACGGGAGGCAAGCGGCGCGGCGCGGGGAGCUGGUGCGCGCGCACCCCUCCCCCCUCCAGCCCAACAGCCCCUCCGCUGUCCCAUCAGCCCCCCGCCGCCACCCCGCCCGCCGCCUGGCUUAUCACGCCGCGCGGCGCGCCGCUUCCUUUCUCCUCGUGCAGUUGCGAGCUUUUCGCCACUGCCACACUUCCGUCCGCCCCGUCGAUUGUGUACUUUUAACCGAUGCAGCCGCUGCUAGUGGCGCUACCGGUGCGCUGUGGGUGGAAGGGGUGUGGGAGGGGUGUGGGCGGAGGCGCGGGCGCAGGCGAGGCGCGGUGAAAGUGCGCCGCGAAACGGGUUUGCUGUCGCGUGACCCGUCCGAGGACACGAUACGCGGAGCACUCCGCCAAACGCAUACCUAUUUAAAACGGGAACACGCCGCAUUCCCCCCACUUCCCCCGCCGCUCCUAAACCCCAAUCGCCUCCGAUGGUCAUCAGAACGAAUAACCAAUAAAUUCCGCUCCGGCUGCCUUCACCUUCCG